AUGUCCUUCGCGAAGCUCCCCGCCGAGCUCCUUUCCGAAAUCGCCGCCUACUGUCCGAGCGAGCACACCACGGCGCUGCGGGGCGUCAACAAGAUGAUGAGCGAGGUCAUGGCACGCGCCUUCUUCGGCUGCCUGCCGCUAAUGCUAUCGCCGGAGGGCCUCCGGGAGGGGACCAGAGCGAUGCUGACGGCGGUGGCCAGCGGGAAGACGGGGUGGGGCAGGUGGGCACGGCAUAUCCGGGUCGUGCUACGCGGUGCCGACGCGCCAGUCGUCAACUAUUACGCGCUGAUCAACCUGCGUGACCCGGCAGCGCUGGCCGCGCAAGACGAGAGGGACGCGUUUUUCCAGCGGCAAUGGGAUCUAGAACAGGAAGAUGUUCCGUUGCUGGAGCGCGCGUUUAAUGUGAUGCCCAAGGCAAGCUCUGCGAGCUUUGAGUGGGGCACACUGGACUUACCCCACGGCGUCAACUACGCCAUCCUGCAACAUCUAGGGGCCGCAGGCGCUGAUUUUCAUGAGCUGAGCAUCCACAUUACUGCGACACAGGGUUGGCUGGACAAGCGGCCUGAUCCUUCCUGGCCCACCUUCGACAAUAUGCGGUCACUGACGCUUGAGACACUGGCCCCCCACGCACUGUCGACGCUCGCUUACUACCUCUGGGACGCCGGGUCGACGAGGGCGCUUUCCUGUCUCAAAAUCAACGGCGAUGCACUCACCUCUCACCGAGUAUGGAACCAACUCAACAACUGGAACCCUAGUAGCAUCCGCGAGUUUUGUGUCAACGAGACCUCGUUAUUCGCCUUUGGUAGCGUCGCGCUGGAGGGCAUGCAUACGCUCGAGUCGCUCCAUAUACUCCCGCGACCACGCAGACCGUGGGCCGAGCGGCGCCGGUGGGCGGCGCAGCUGACUGACAACGAGAAUGCGGCACGUGGGGUUAAACUGUGGACGGCGCUCGCGGCCGCUGCGGACACAGACCUGCCAGCGAAACGGAUUCGGCUCAAAGAGCUCCGGGUGCCGAAGCUUUACGAGGGAUUGGCGCAAUAUUUGCUGUCGUAUGCGGGCCUGGAAGUACUGAUGAUCACCAGUGCCUCUCGCGCCGAUUUGCCGAUAACGAUCGCCGAGUCGGACACCGGCGCCGACGAUGAGGAUACGGCCGGCAUCGUCACACUUUCGGCUUCGACUUCGGCUGCGGAGUCCCAGACCGCCGAGGCGGAAAAUUUCUUCCACCGCGUCCUGGCAAAACACGCCGGCACACUCCGCGUGUUGCGAGUGACCGCACCGCAUCCAGGGCAAUGGAGUUUUGGCCGCCACAACGCAGACGCGAUACGUCAGUUGACUAACGUGCAAACCCUGAUCAUGAGCGUGGAUGUGGACCGCGUGGGCAAUACCUUGAAGGCGGCGUUGGACAGUGAGGACAACGUCAAUGCCGUCGACCGUUUCCUCGCUACGAUCACCGACCUUCCCGACCUGCGCCGCGCCGCGUUGCUCGGGACGGUCCCCUGGCGGCGGCGGCGCGAGGACUGGGAGAACGUUGUGUCCGCGGGGUGCACGAAUCGGACUCUGCGGGCCAUCGAAGCGGCCGUGGAGCAGGCCGCGCCAGGGCAACUAAGAGAUGGGGUAGCGCUAUUUGCGGGGCGCAACGUGUAUUGUCAGAAACAGGAUGGGACGUAUGGCGUGUUGGAGACACUCAGCACUGCGAAUGUGGGGUCCUCAGAGGCCGAGAUGCCGCUGUGGGGUGGAAUUUCCUUAGAACUUUGA